AUGGGUGGCAUGGUGGCGGACGGCGGAGGUUUGCGGGCAGGGCGUUUGUCCGAGACGUCAAAGCAAGACAAGCAGAACCGGGAGGCCUUCGAUUUUUGGUGUUUCGCUGCAGCUGUUUUGAACAUCAGAGCGCUGCCAUACGUCCGCCGAGCAAUUGCAGUAGGAAACCCGAUGAGCACUCUGAGUGAUGAGGCUAGUGAUGGGCCUAACUCCGAGGUGGAGGAGGAGGAGGAGAGCCAACCUCCUCUGAAGCGCGCGCUGAAAAUGGCGAAAGGCACGCGAAAGGUCCGCGAAAGGGACGCGAUUGGGCGACAGGUCCUGGAAAGGCAACUCUGCGCAGUCAGCGCCGUCGAGGGCGCUGACAUCGGCCUUCUACCCGCGGUGACCUUCGCUCUGCAGCAUGACUUGCACUUGCGACUGGUGCAGAUUGCAAAGAUGAGUGUGGCCCAGGCCGUGACUCAGGCAGUUGCAGGACCUGUAUGGGGCGUGCUGGCAGACCGUCGGGUGUGCCGCCGGAAGACCUUGCUUGCUAUCGGUGCUUUCAUCCAAGGUGUGUGCACCAUAGCUCUCGGUUGGACAGAGGACUUAGCCGCGAUGGUCAUCAUCCGAAGCAUCAAUGGAGCAGCGCUGGCAAGCCUUAAACCUAUUUGCGUGGGCAUCGUUGCCGACACGACCUCGGAGAAUUCGCGCGGCAAGAUCAACGGUUACCUGGUAUUUUCUAUGAUACUUGGCACGAUGGCUGCGACAUCGAUCUGUGCGCCAUUGGCCCGUGCCACAAUAUGCGGCAUUCAGGGCUGGCGAGUGGCCUUUGCCUUUACAGGAGCUAUCGCCAUUUUCACAUCCAUGCUUAUCUCCGUCUUCAUGUAUGAAGCCCGGCAUGAGAAAUCUUGGGACAAGGAAGCCCGCCAAAAAUGCACCGGCGUGGGCCGAGAAUUUUCAAAAUUCUUUGGCUACUUCCGAAUGCCAACAUUCGUCGUCAUGAUUGGACAGGGGCUUUUUGGAUGCAUUCCUUCAAACGCUUUCAACUACGCUACCCUCUACUUUCAGGUGGCUGGCCUGCCAGACAAGCAAGCCGCCGCGCUCAUGACGGCAUACCAGGCAUCCUCGGCCUUUGGACAUCUGCUGGGAGGUAUCAUUGGCGAUGCGCUGGCUAGAAGGUGUCCCUACCAUGGCCGUGCUUUUACGGCAAACAUAUCAGUGUUAUCCGGAAUACCCUGCGUCUUCCUCAUCUUCAUGACGCAGCCCUCAGAGGAGUAUCGACUCAUGUGGUAUCUGUCUUUGCUCAUACUUAUGGGGCUGACAUCAACAUGGUGCGCGACAGGGGUAAACCUCCCCUUGUUGUCAGAGAUCGUGGAUCCAGCAUCUCGAAGCGGGAUUAUGGCAUGGGAGACCGCCAUGGAAUCGGCGAUCGCAGCCUUUGCAGGUAACGCAGCUGUCGGAUAUCUGGCCCAAGGCGUGUUUGGAUACGAUCUCGUUGAUGCAGGUUCUCAAGCUGAAGGCCACCACAAUGCCGAAGCUCUUGGGAAGACAUUGGCUUUAACGUCUGUGUUACCAUGGAGCAUAUGCCUGUGCUUCUACGUCUUCUUGCAUUGGGCCGUUCCAUACGACAAACGGCGCAUAGAGGAGGAGAAGGCGAAGUACAAGAUGGUCAGCGAAGGCUCACUUUCAGAGAUCACUCUUAACACUGACGAGUCUGACGGAUUCGUCUUGGACAACGGGAAAGAAGAGGAUGAGAACCUGGAGUGGCUGAAGCAGUGUUGA